AUGGAGCAUCUUGCACGUGCACUUAAAAAUGCCGAUAAGAGCAUUCGUAUUGAUGUUUUCGACUUUGACGAAAAGGGUCACCGGUUGCGUGAAUGUCCUAAGCGAAAUAAUGAUCAACGUUUAAAUUUGAUUGAGGACAUCGAAGAUGAUUGUGAUUAUGAAACCAAUGAUGAGGAUGUUGAACCUCAAGAGCCUAUUGAGCUUUCGUUGGAAAGUCACCGGAAAAAUCUGAGGACUUGCUGGUCUUUAAAGUCGUCGGCAACACCUUCUUUGAACACAAUUUGUGGUGUUUUAUGGACUGAAAUUCGGUUAAAGGGAUUUAUAGAAAUGUCCAACACACAAGUCAACAUGGAAGAUGAGCCCGAUUGUGGCUCAGAUGCUGAUGUGAUGUCCGAUGAUGGACUUUACAUUCCUGAAAUUUCAGCAACAGAACCUGUUGGCACAACAACUGUUGAAAUAGAUGUUACCAAGAGGAAAAGAAGGAGUAUUAUUUGGGAGGAGUUUGAAAUUCUUGAGGGGAACGGUUUUAGUGAUGGGAAGGAACGAGCGAAAUGCAAUAGGUGUAGGCAAAUCUAUAAGGCUGAUAGUACUACUAAUGGAACUGAAACCCUUAGGAGACAUAUUUUACAUUGCCCAAAACGGGAAAACAAAGGACCAACCCAAAUGACUCUGGGUGUUAAUGAUGGGAAAUUAAUGUUAAGAGAUAAAAAGGUUGACCAAGUCUGGGUGCGUGAUAAGGUCACGAGGCUUAUUGUGAGACAUGAGUUACCUUUAAUCUUUGUUGAGUAUGAGGAGUUUAGGGAAUUAAUCACAUACAUUUUUCCUGACUACACCCAUAUUACCCGCAACACACAAAUGGCGGAGAUUUUGAAGUUUUACAAUUUGGAGUCCAGUAGAAUCCAUAAUCUACUCAAGUCAUUUAAUGGGAAGAUUUCUUUGACAAGUGAUCUAUGGACAUCCAUCACCAAUGAUGGAUACUUAUCUUUGACUGGCCAUUAUAUUGAUAAGGAUUGGGUGUUGCAUAAGAAAUUAUUGAAGUUUUGCAUCAUGCCACCUCCACAUACUGGCAUCAAUAUUUGUGAAAUGGUUUCAAAGAUCUUGUGUGAGUGGGGUAUUGAUCGGAAAUUGUUUUCAAUUACUUUGGAUAAUGCUACUUCUAAUUUCAGCUUUGGUGAGUUGUUGAAGAGAAAUCUGAACUUGAAGAAUGCUCUUUUAUGUAAAGGAGAAUUCUUUCAUAAUAGGUGUUGUGCUCAUAUUCUCAAUCUCAUUGUACAAGAUGGACUAAAGCACAUAGACGAGUCUGUGGCAUUGAUUCGAUCUAGUAUAGCCUAUGUGAAAGGAUCACAAGCAAGGAAAAUGAAAUUCUUGGAUAUUUGUAAGCAAUUGUCAUUACCAAGUAGUAAGGGGUUGCAUGGAGAUGUCACCACAAGGUGGAACUCAACUUAUAUCAUGCUUAAUUCUGCUUUAUUUUAUCGGAAAGCAUUUGAGAACCUUGGACUAGUGGAGGACAAUUAUAAAACUUGUCCAGAUUCUGAUCAAUGGUUAAAGAUUGAAAAAUUGAUGGGUUUUUUGCAUCCCUUCAAUGAAAUCAUUGUUUUGCUUUCAGGUUCUAAGUAUCCUACAUCAAAUUUGUAUUUUGAAAAUGUUUGGGAGAUUCACAAAAGUUUGUUAGAAGAGGUAUCACAUGGGCUUAGUUUUAUGAGGCCAAUGGCAAUUGAAAUGAAAAAGAAAUUUGACAAAUAUUGGAGGAACUAUAGUCCAAUUUUGGCCAUUGCCUUGGUGUUCGAUCCUCGUUACAAACUUAGUUUUGUGACUUGGGCAUUUGCUAAGCUUGCUCCUUUGGACCCAACUGGAAUUGAUAUGGGAAACAAUGUGAAAUCUGCUUUGUAUCAGCUUUUUAAUGAAUACAAGAGUAUGAAUGCAAGUGAUUAUGAGAUUCCAGUACUGUUCACUCGUCCUGGGAAAUCUAGAACCAGAACUGAAUUUAUGCAAUCUGUGAUUGCUGAGGCAGAUAAUGGAACUAAAUCUCAGCUAGAUGUGUAUCUAGAUGAACCCAAGAUUCCAUUCAGUGAUCAUGAUGAUGAGUAUGAUGUGUUGGCUUUUUGGAAGGCGAAUGGGUCAAGGUAUCCAGAUGUGGCUCGGAUGGCUCGUGAUGUCUUAGCUAUACCAGUUUCAACGAUUGCAUCUGAGUCAGCUUUUAGCGCUGGGGGUCGUGUUAUUGACAAAUAUCGGAGCAAACUACUACCUACCAACGCUGAAGCACUGAUAUGUCUUCGAAACUGGAUGUUUGAUAUAGAUUUCAGAUCUGAACAUGUUGAUGAUCCUGUUGAUGUGGACAACGCGCUUGGAAAUGUGCUUGGACGAUUGCAGAUUGAAAGGGAGACCGGAGACUGGUGA